CUCCAUCAAAACCCUCCAACGGCAGCUCCGCGGGCGGGGCCGGGGCCAUGGCCGAGGGCAGGAGCGGCAGCGCCGGGCUCUUCGCCAGGCAGGUCCAGAAGCGCUUCAGCCGCGCCCAGGAGAAGGUUCUGCAAAAAUUGGGCAAAACGGUGGAAACCAAAGACGAGCAGUUCGAGCAGAGCGCCUACAACUUCCAGCUGCAGCAGAACGAAGGGCACAAACUCUACAAGGACCUCAAGGGGUUCGUGGGAGCCGUGAAAGUGAUGCACGAGAGCUCCCGCAAAGUGGCCGAGACGCUGCAGGAGAUUUACAGCCACGAGUGGGACGGGCACGAGGAGCUCCGAGCUAUCGCUGACAGCAAUGACCUCCUGUGGGAUGACUACGAGGCGAAGUUGGCUGACCAAGCCCUGCGGCUGAUGGAGAAUUACCUGGCUCAGUUCGGGGACUUUAAGGAGCGCAUCGCCAAGCGGGGCCGAAAGCUCGUGGACUACGACAGUGCCCGGCAUCACCUGGAGGCUCUGCAAAGCGCCAAGAAAAAGGACGAGGCCAAAAUUGCCAAGGCUGAGGACGAGUUCAAUAAAGCCCAGGCAGUGUUUGAGGACCUGAACAGGGACCUGAGGGAGGAGCUGCCAGUCCUGUAUGGCAGCCGCAUCGCCUGUUACAUCACCGUCUUCCAGAACAUCUCCAACCUCCGUGAUGUCUUCUACAAGGAGAUGAGCAAGCUCAACCGGGACCUGUAUGAGGUGAUGAGCAAACUGGAGAAGCAGCACUCGAGCAAGGUGUUCAUCAUCAAAGGUGUUCCCAGCAACCGCCGCUCUCUGGUCAUCUCCGCGCCCGUGAGCCCCCCGGCCGUGUUCCCCUGCCCGGACAAGGCGCCCGUGCUGGACGCGGAGGUGACACCGGCGUCCCCCGGCGGGGACAGCGCUGCCACCGAGACCAACGGAGACCCGGGGGCUGUUUCCCCCGGGCCCCCCCCGGCUUCGCCCGCCAGCGGGGGCUCCCUGGACACGGCCUCGGUGUCCAGCGAGGAGAGCCCGGAGCCCAUCUCCGAGCCCGAUUCUGUGUCCCCUGCUCAGGAGACAUCGCAGCCGGGGGGUGACAGCGGGGGGCGGGGGGGGCCCGAGGGCAUCGCCACCUCCCUGGCGUCACUGAUUUUAUCCGAGGCCAUUGCCCAGGCCACCGGCACCUCGUCGCCAGAGCCGGGAAAAGCCACGGGCACGGCCGGGGACGGCGCUGAGGAUCGGGCAGGUCCCGGGGAGCCGCGGGCCCCCAGCGCAGCUCUGCCCUGCCAUGUGCUCGGACCCACGGCCGUGGCACCGGAGAGUCCCCGGGAGCCGUGUCAGCUCGGCGGGGACCGGGGACAGCGCGGUGACACCGAGGACAGCGCGGAGGUGACGGAUGUCGAGGCAGAGGGCUGUUCCGGGACACCGGAGCACGACACGAGCCAGGACCCUUCAGAUGCUGCGGAUUCCCCCCAGGAUCCCCCCGAGUCCCUCAGCGCCCUGUGAUCCCACGGGAAAUACGGCGUCUUUCCCAAAGUCAUUCCCCAGAAUGCAUUUCCCAGCCCCCAUCCCGUACGAAAUAAAGAUGGAAAAGGUGGCA